GUAUCUGAUUAGUUUCGGUUAGUUUGAUCAGAUUCAAAGUUGAGCAUUGUGCUGCUCCACUGCAUGAAAUGGAAAGCAGCGAAAUAUACCGUCUUGGUAGUCUUCGUUUAAGUAGCUCUAAUGUAUGGAGGAACACCACAAUAGACGUGUUUUCGAAAUCUUCUCGUGAAGAAGAUGAUGAAGAGGCACUGAAAUGGGCUGCUAUUGAAAGACUUCCCACAUAUCAUCGGUUAAGGAGAGGGAUACUUACUGAUGAAGAAAAAGGCCAACGAAGAGAAGUUGAUAUUGAGCAUCUUGGACCAGCUGAGAGGAAAAUUAUUUUAGAGAGGCAAGUUAAAUUUGCAGAGGAAGAUAAUGAAAAGUUCUUGUUGAAGCUCAAGCAACGAGUCGACCGAGUUGGUAUUGAUCUUCCCACUGCUGAAGUACGGUUUCAGAAUUUAAGUGUGGAGGCAGAGGCUCAUGUAGGGAGCAGAGCACUCCCCACACUAGUCAAUUUCUCUGCUAAUAUAGUAGAGGGAUUGUUGGGUUACCUUCAUAUUCUUCCAAAUAGAAAGAAACCAUUUCCAAUACUUCAUGAUGUAAGUGGGAUCAUCAAGCCUGCAAGACUGACCUUGCUUUUAGGCCCUCCAAGCUCCGGGAAAACAACUUUACUCUUAGCAUUGGCUGGAAGACUUGAUUCUGAUCUUAAAGUGUCUGGCAAUAUCACAUACAAUGGUCAUGGAUUAAAUGAAUUUGUGCCACAAAGGACAUCUGCCUAUAUUAGUCAACAUGAUCUUCACAUAGGAGAAAUGACUGUGAGAGAAACACUAGCUUUUUCAGAGAGAUGCCAAGGAGUUGGACCUCGUCAUGAUAUGCUGGAAGAAUUAUCAAGGCGAGAAAAGCAAGCUAACAUUAAGCCGGACCCUGACAUUGACAUCUUCAUGAAGGCUGCAGCACUUGAAAAUCAGGAGAGCACUGUCAAAACAGACUACGUUAUGAAGAUAUUGGGACUUGAAGUGUGUGCUGAUACACUUGUUGGCAAUGAAAUGAUACGAGGGAUUUCUGGGGGACAGAGAAAGAGGGUAACAACAGGGGAGAUGAUGGUUGGAGCAUCAAGAGUGUUCCUUAUGGAUGAGAUAUCAACUGGUCUGGAUAGUUCAACAACCUUUCAGAUCGUAAAUUCCAUUAAGGAAUCCAUUCACAUAUUGCAAGGAACUGCUGUGAUAUCUCUCCUGCAACCUGCACCAGAAACUUAUGAUCUGUUUGAUGACAUAAUUCUGUUGUCGGAUGGUCAAAUUGUGUAUCAAGGUCCCCGAGAAUAUGUUCUGGAUUUCUUUGAAAACAUGGGUUUCAAAUGUCCAGAGAGAAAAGGAGUUGCUGACUUCUUACAAGAGGUGACAUCAAAGAAAGAUCAAGAACAGUAUUGGGCUGACAGAAAUGUACCCUAUAGUUUUGUUUCUGCAAAGACAUUUGCUGAAGCAUUUCAAUCAUUUCAUGUUGGAAAUCAACUAGGAGAUCAACUUUCUGUUCCUUUUGACAAAACCAAGAGCCACCCUGCUGCUCUAAGCACUAAGAAGUAUGGAGUCAGCAAAAUGGAACUUUUGAAAGCCUGCAUGUUAAGAGAAUUUCUGCUCAUGAAGAGGAAUUCAUUUGUCUAUACAUUUGCAAUGAUAAAACUGAUCGUGAUGGCACUUAUAACAAUGACUGUAUUUCUGAGAACUAAAAUUCACAAGGAUACGGCAACUGACGGUGGGAUAGUCAUGGGUGCUCUCUUUUUCACUCUGAUCAUGAUUAUGUUCAAUGGAUUUUCGGAACUUGCCCUCACUAUAAUAAAGCUUCCAGUAUUUUACAAGCAACGCGACCUUCUCUUCUUUCCUGCAUGGGCAUAUGCUCUGCCUACGUGGAUUCUCAAGAUUCCAAUUACACUUGUAGAAACUGCCCUUUGGGUGGGUAUGACAUACUAUGUGAUUGGAUUUGACUCAAAUGCUGGCAGAUUUUUCAGGCAGUAUCUGCUGCUUGUAUGUGUCAGCCAGAUGGCCUCAGGGCUAUUUCGCCUCAUGGGUUCAUUGGGAAGGAAUAUGAUUAUAGCAAACACAUUUGGAUCCUUUUCAUUGCUUGCAGUAAUGCUGUUGGGUGGAUUUCUACUGUCACAUGAUAAUAUAAAAAAAUGGUGGAUAUGGGGUUACUGGAUUUCUCCUAUAAUGUACGGGCAGAAUGCUAUCGCUGUGAAUGAAUUUUUGGGGAAGAGUUGGAGAAAAGUUCUUCCUGGGUCAACAGAGCCAUUAGGUGCAUCAGUCUUGGAGUCUAGGGGGAUUUUUGCAGAAGCACGUUGGUAUUGGAUUGGAGUAGGAGCUCUGAUUGGAUACCUUUUCUUGUUCAAUUUCUUAUACACCUUGGCUCUCACCUAUCUGAAACCAUUUGAGAAGCCUCAGGCAGUUAUUUCUGAAGAAUCUCUAGCAGAGAGGAAUGCUAGCAAGACCGGCGAAGAAGCUGAAUUAUCAUCAGAAGGGAAGGACAUGAAUGAAAGAAGAACUGCUGGAAGAACUAUGUCAUCCAGAGUGGGCAGCAGAAGUGAUGCUGAACCAACAAGGAAAAGGGGAAUGCUUCUACCUUUUGAACCUCUGUCAAUCACUUAUGAUGAGAUUAGAUAUUCAGUGGACAUGCCAGAGGAAAUGAAAGAUCGAGGACAAACUGAGGACCGGCUUGAGCUUCUAAAAGGCAUCAGUGGUGCUUUUAGGCCAGGGGUUCUAACAGCACUGAUGGGUGUUAGUGGUGCUGGUAAGACAACUUUGAUGGAUGUCUUGGCUGGCAGAAAAACUGGGGGUUAUAUUGAAGGAACAAUCUCCAUAUCAGGAUACCCAAAGAAGCAAGAAACAUUUGCACGAAUAGCUGGAUAUUGUGAGCAAAAUGAUAUCCACUCUCCUCAUGUCACUGUGUAUGAAUCUUUGCUGUAUUCAGCAUGGCUUCGAUUACCUAAUGAAGUAGAUGCUUCCACAAGAAAGAUGUUUGUUGAAGAGGUCAUGGAGCUUGUAGAGCUCACUCCAUUGAGGGAAGCAAUUGUUGGAUUGCCUGGAGUAAGCGGACUUUCAACUGAGCAGCGCAAAAGACUAACCAUUGCUGUUGAGCUUGUUGCCAAUCCAUCAAUCAUAUUCAUGGACGAACCCACCUCAGGCCUUGAUGCCAGGGCUGCUGCAAUUGUCAUGAGGGCAGUGAGGAACACAGUGAAUACGGGUCGGACUGUUGUGUGCACCAUUCAUCAGCCAAGCAUUGAUAUAUUUGAUGCCUUUGAUGAGCUUGUGCUUCUUAAAAGAGGGGGUGAAGAAAUAUAUGUUGGUCCUCUAGGACACCAUUCUUCUGAGCUCAUUAGGUAUUUUGAGGGAAUAGAAGGAGUUAGCAAAAUUAGAGAUGGUUAUAACCCUGCAACCUGGAUGUUAGACGUGACUUCACUGGCGCAAGAGUCAGCUCUUGGUGUUAACUUUGCAGAACUGUACAAAAGCUCUGAACUAUAUAGGCGAAAUAAGACACUGAUCAAGGAACUGAGUACCCCUGCUCCCGGCUCAAAGGAUCUGUAUUUCUCUACCCACUAUUCUCAGCCAUUCUUCACUCAAUUCACGGCUUGCCUAUGGAAACAACAUUUGUCAUACUGGCGGAACCCCAAGUACACUGCAGUGAGAUUAAUAUUUACAACAUUCAUCGCAUUGAUGUUUGGAACAGUGUUCUGGAAUCUUGGCUCCAAAAGGACGGUGCAGCAAGAUCUCUUUAAUGCAAUGGGUUCUAUGUACGCUGCGGUUCUCUUUAUCGGCGUCCAAAAUGCAACAGCUAUUCAACCUGUUAUUGCUAUUGAAAGAACAGUCUUCUAUCGGGAGAGAGCAGCUGGAAUGUAUUCAGCAUUGUCAUAUGCUUUUGGACAGAUUGUGAUUGAGCUCCCAUAUAUUCUUGUCCAAACGAUCAUAUACGGGGUCUUAGUAUAUGCCAUGAUUGGAUUCGAGUGGACAGCUGCAAAGUUCUUUUGGUAUCUGUUCUUCAUGUACUUUACCUUGUUAUACUACACAACUUAUGGAAUGAUGACAGUGGCAGUUACUCCUAACCAACAAGUUGCUGCAAUAGCCUCCUCUGCAUUUUACAUCUUAUGGAACCUCUUUUCAGGAUUCCUAGUCCCAAAGCCAAAAAUUCCUGUUUGGUGGAGAUGGUACUAUUACAUUUGCCCCGUUGCUUGGACAUUGUAUGGUCUAGUAGUUUCACAGUUUGGAGACAUUGAAGAAAAGAUGCUUGACACGAAUCAAACUGUCCAACAAUUCAUAAGGAGUUACUAUGGAUUCAGGCAUGAUUUUGUGGGAUAUGUAGCUGUUAUAAUUGUUGGAGUAGCUACACUUUUCACCUUCAUCUUUGCUUUCUCAAUCAAAGUAUUUAACUUCCAGAAAAGAUAGGAUUUUGAAGAUAGAACAAAUUUGGUGAAAGACUUUGUAAAUUGCUCGUGCUUAUGGUACAAGACAAUAUUUUCUAGGUGCUGCAGCCACAUGGUUUUGAUUGAUUUAUGGCUAGUAGUUAUGAAGCUUUUGCAGUGUUAAGUUUUUUUUUUUUUUUGUUGGAGGGAUUUUCAGUGUAAUUGUUGAUUUGCUUAAUUAAUUUUGAAAUUAUAGUUUCAGUAACUUUUGUUCA